UUGUGCCUUCACAGCUUCUUCCCUCACCUCCAGGUUAGGGCUUCCUUUUCUGCAUCUGGUUCCCAUCUGAGAGUCCCCGAAGGAACCUUUAUGUUUGGUUCAGCUGUUGAAUAACUGGAGAUAAUUUCACUUGAACAAGCUUAUUAACACUUGCUUUCAUGAAUUGAAACUCUCCUUGAAAACAUUUGAAAUGAACGGAACUUGUUUGGAGUUCGAGAACCCGAUCCGAGACGCGAUUUCUAGGAUCCGAUUCUCGCCGCAGUCCAACAACCUCCUCAUUUCUUCUUGGGACUCCAGUCUUCGAUUGUACGAUGUGGAGUGUUCUCAGCUGAGAUUAGAAGCUCCGUCCGAGGCUGCACUUCUCGACUGUUGUUUCCAGGAGGAAUCUGUUGUGUUCAGCGCUGGCACUGAUGGUUCUAUUACAAGGUAUGACUUGCAUUCAGGAAUCAGUAAUAGAAUUGGAAAUCAUGAUGAUGUAGCAACAUGUGUAGAAUAUUCUAAUGAAACACGUCAAGUGAUUACUGCAGGUUUUGAUAAGAAGGUGAUAGCUUGGGACACGUGCGGGGCAAAGCCCCUUGCAUUCUUGAAAAAUCUAGGUGCAGAAGUGGAUUCCAUGUCACUCUCUGGAUUUGAAUUAACAGUAGCUGUUGGAUCAUCAGUAGAUAUUUAUGACUUACGCAAUUUAGACAGAUCAGUUCAAUCAAAUGAAUCUUGUAUGGAUGUUCAAAUACGAUGUGUCCACUCAAUUCCUUAUUCUAAAGGAUACGCAGUUGGAUCAGUAGAUGGCAGAGUAAAAUUAGAGAUCUCAUAUCAGUCCAAUUCAAACAACAUGGGAUAUGUCUUCCGAUGUCAUCCAAAAUCAAGAGAUGGAAGACACCAUCUAGUGCCGGUGAAUGACAUUGCAUUUAACCCAUUCAUCUCAGGUGCUUUUGUCACGGGAGAUAAUGAGGGUUAUAUUACUGCAUGGGAUGCUAAAAGUAGAAGAAGAUUGUUUGAGUUGCCUAGAUGCUCAAACAGUGUUGCAUCCCUAUCAUACAACCAUGAAGGACAAUUUUUGGCUGUUGCAUCAAGCUAUACUUACCAAGAAGCCAUUGAAAUGGAAAAGCCCCCUCAAAUAUCUCUGCAUAAAAUGGAUGACAGAUAUAUCAGAUCAGUUUCUAUUGGAAAUUCAAGUAGGAAAUGACUGCACAAGUGUGCUUAGCAAUUACAGAAAUGACCCACAUCUACGCAAUCUUAUUUUUGCCCAGAUGAAUUCUUUCCCAUAUCCCGAACCUGACUCCAAAACCUUAGGGGCACAAUAAAUCAGCAGCUAAAGGAUUUCCAUCACCCUCCCUAUGUAAGAACGUCUUAACUUGAUGGCAUGUUCCUCUACUUUCAGUAAAUUCUUGCAUCUGCUAUGAUAUUGAGGGCAUCCUGUCUCUGGGAUACUGCGUUACUAAUUGACAACACAAGAGGAGUAAGCACAAAGCUCUAACAUCUUUGUACUUAAGGUAUUGUCCUUUCUUGAAAGAAAAUUGUACCACACACCUUCCUCAGCUAAUUUAUGUAAUAUUCCUCGUAAUUGUGUUUCUUUCUACCAGUAUAAUGGGCUAUUACUUUGAACUGCUAGCUAUUGAUGAUGCUAUAAGGGUUUAUCGUUUUCUCUCUUUACUUCCUUUUGCCAUAUAUAUAUGGAAGACAAUGAGUACUAUUGCCUGUAAAUUGGUUGCUGUAGAUAUCCAUUAAUGGAUUGAUAUCAGCUUGAUAAGUUUCUUGGCAGUUUAAUAAGCAUUCUGUC